CAGAGACUUGGGCAAUUGGCACUUAUAGCUUCUGUAUCUAUUUCAGCUAUUUCAUUGUUCUUUCAUCUUCUGAAUUCAUGUACUGUACAUGAAAGGCUUUUUUGUUUGACUGUUUCUGUAUAGCCUUUGCAAUGGGUAAUGCUGACACAAAACUCAACUUCCGAAAAGCUGUUGUUCAACUUACAUCAAAAACACAGCCCAUUGAUCCUUCGGAUAACACUUUCUGGUCCCAGUUUUGGUCCGAGAGCAUCACAAAUAUCCAAGAUGUUUUUACAUUAAUUCCUGCUACAGAAAUACGUGUUCUAAGAGAAGAAUGUCCAUCAAAUUUAGCAACAUUAUGCUACAAAGCUGUUGAAAGACUAGUAAGUGCUGCAGACUCAUCGUGUGCUACUCAGCAAGAACAUAGUACUGUUAUCAACUGUGUUCGCAUACUCACAAGACUGCUUCCUUACAUCUUUGAAGAUCCUGACUGGCGUAGUUUUUUCUGGUCUAGUUUACCCAGUAGCUCUAAGCAACAGUUCAAAGAUGAUGGUGAAAAUCCAGAGGGCCAUGCAGAAGAAUCUGUUCCCCUUGCCCAAUCUUUACUAAAUGCACUUUGUGAUCUUCUUUUUUGCCCAGAUUUCACAGUUUAUUCCAGUAAAAAAUUUGGACCUGACAAACAUGAAGAUCUCCACUCAAUAGAUAGCUGUGAAUUUAUAUGGGAAGCUGGUGUUGGGUUUGCCCAUGCUGCUCCACAUGAUCCACGCCUUGAUAAUAACAGAAAUGAGAUUUUGAAGCUUCUGUUGACUUGUUUUAGUCAGGCCAUGUAUCAUCCACCUGGGAGUGAAAGUGAGGCUCCUAAUAAAUGGGUCCAACAUUUCACAUCACCGGAGAAUCGCCAUGCAUUGCCCUUAUUUACUUCACUUUUGAAUGUCCUCUGUGCAUAUGACCCCGUUGGACUCGGUUUACCAUAUAAUCAUUUACUGUUCACCGACAGUCGUGAACCUUUGGUGGAGACAGCUUUACAACUCCUAAUUGUUACUCUUGAUUGGGAUUCAUCUUCUCAAUGCUCGCAAUUGAAUACUAUUGACGAGCAGAGCGGAAUGAUCCACGAAAAUUUGUUCAUCAAUUAUUUGUCGCGCAUUCACCGAGAAGAAGACUUUGCUUUCAUGCUUCAUGGAUUCACUCGUCUCCUAAAAAAUCCUUUGAUACAAACAUACCUGCCUAAUUCUAAUAAGAAAGUUCAGAAUCACCAAGAAUUACUUGUGUUUUUCUGGAAGGUGUGCGAUUUUAACAAGAAAUUCCUGUACUAUGUCCUAAAAUCGAGUGACGUACUCGAUGUAUUAGUUCCUAUUCUAUUUCAUCUCAAUGAUUCUCGUGCUGAUCAGUCUCGCGUUGGACUAAUGCACAUUGGAGUUUUUAUCCUUCUUCUGUUGAGUGGUGAACGAAAUUUUGGAGUUCGUCUGAAUAAGCCAUAUACGGCGACCGUCCCCAUGGACAUUCCAGUAUUCACAGGUACGCAUGCCGAUUUGCUGGUGGUUGUAUUCCACAAGAUAAUCACUACAGGACAUCAACGUCUUCAGCCAUUGUUUGAUUGUCUACUGACAAUUCUCGUAAAUGUAUCUCCUUAUCUAAAGACGCUGUCUAUGGUGGCUAGCACCAAACUGCUUCAUCUGUUGGAAGCAUUCAGUACUCCAUGGUUUCUGUUUUCAGCCCCCAACAACCAUCAUCUCGUUUUCUUCCUUCUCGAGAUAUUUAACAACAUAAUACAGUAUCAGUUUGAUGGCAAUGCUAAUUUAGUUUACACCAUCAUACGUAAAAGACAUGUGUUUCACGCGCUGGCUAGUUUGCCGACUGACUGCGGUACUAUUAAUCGUUCAUUGUCCCGUCGUGGCCGUAAGCAACUCGGUCGUCAACCGUCUGUGGAAUCUGUGAAAGAGGCUCCCAGUAUGGAGGGUUCUCAUCCAGCGUUGCCUGCGCAACCGGGAACACAUACUUGCUCUCUCGCUAUCAUGCCUGGGAUUGAAAAAAUUACCGAGCAAGAAACGGCCCAUCCCUCAUUACAGCAACUGAGUCAAUUGACUGGUGCCGCUGUUGCAGUCAAUGGGGCUUUGGAGAACAUUACUGUCAGUCAUGAGAUAGAAGAGCGCGCUACAGCCCUGGUCCAGGGCGAAGAAGACGACGAAGAUAAUAGCUCGGAAGUGGCAGACAAAGAAUUUGUAGAUCAAGGCGCCUUCCAUAGUGAGCCUGUCAUCGUUGAUGUUUCGGGGACGCAUAUUAAGCAACCGCUCUCACCGACAACUUCACACAAAUCAUCAAGCUCGGAAAGUUCGCAGCAUGUCCUACAUCACCCUGGCACUGCAUCACAAAUGCAGGUGGGUUUGCAGUGGGUACCCAAUCCAGACUGGGUACUAAGUUGGAAACAAAAACUACCCCUGCAAACCAUUAUGCGUCUGCUUCAGGUGUUGGUGCCCCAAGUCGAAAAGAUUUGUAUAGAUAAGGGUCUUACUGAUGAAAGCGAAAUUCUGAAGUUUCUGCAACAUGGUACGCUAGUGGGACUUUUACCCGUACCACACCCCAUCUUAAUUCGAAAAUAUCAAGCAAACAAUGGCACUUCUAUGUGGUUCCGUACUUACAUGUGGGGAAUUAUUUAUUUAAGGAAUGUUGAUCCUCCAAUUUGGUACGAUACAGCCGUUAAAUUAUUCGAAAUCCAGCGAAUUUAACUAAUGAGAAACUGAAUUGCGCUGGAUUGUAUAACGGAAAAUUUACCAAUAUAAAAGAGCUUUGCUAUAACAUCAAUCAACACAUUCUAUCUUGCUAAUCUAAAAAUAAAAUCAUAUUUAAAUUGUGCUUAUAAAUUAAAAGUGAAGUACUGGCAAAAUAUUCUUGAAACAAAAAUACAUUUUAUUGGUUGGGAAAA